GGUAAGUGGAAUAGAGCCUAUCCCACAAUUCUCCCACAAUGGCCUUGAUCGCUUCGAGCGUGCUUCCUCGACUUGUUCUCUAUCUCGAACCGGGUUGAAGGACGUUCACCUCUCAAUCAUCUCAACGAAGUUUAGCACAGGAGUCCAGUCCAACAACAUGAAGGCCAUACAAAUCACCCAAUACGUCAAGGGUCCCGAGGACCUCAAGGUCGUCGAGCUUCCCACUCCCACACCCAAAGCCAACGAGUACCUCAUCGCCAUACAUGCCUCGGCAACCAACUUCUUCGAUCUCCUGCAGAUCCGGGGCAAGUACCAGCAUCAGCCUCCCCUCCCGUGGAUUGCUGGCUCCGAGUUCUCUGGCGUGGUCCUAAAAGCCCCAACCUCCCUGCCCGGCGGUCGGCGUCCCAAGUACAAGGAAGGAGACAAGGUGUUUGGCGCUAGCCAGGGCGGCUAUGCAACUCACGUUGCAUGCACGGAGGAGAGGCUGAGGCCGAUACCUGAGGGAUGGAGCUUCUUUGAUGCUGCGGGGCUCUUCGUCACUGCGCCCACCAGCUAUGCCGGCUUGGUUGUGCGAGCGGGCAUCAAAAAGGGUGACUGGGUUCUCAUCCACGCAGCUGCCGGCGGCGUCGGCCUUGCUGCUGUCCAGAUCGCCAAAGCCUAUGGGGCUACUGUGGUUGCAACGGCCGGGUCGCAGCGCAAGAUGGAUGUCGCCCGCUCAUUCGGAGCCGACUAUGCGAUCGACUACCGGAAGGCAGACUGGCCUGAGCAGGUCAAGAAGCUCACUCCCAAGAGCCGGGGCGUAGAUAUUGUGUACGACCCUGUGGGUUUGAUCGCUCAGUCGAUGAAGUGCACAGCGUGGAAUGGCCGGUUGUUGGUCAUUGGUUUUGCUGCUGGCGAUAUCGAGAAGAUGGCGACCAACCGCAUUCUGCUCAAGAACGUCAGCGUUGUCGGGCUUCACUGGGGCAUGUAUGCCACGAACGAACCCGAGAUGGUGGACGUGGUAUGGGAUGGCAUAUUCAAGCUGAUGAACUCUGGACAGUACCGGGGAACUUGCUUCAUGGAUAAGGAGUAUGUCGGACUGGAGAGCGUUCCGGCAGCACUGAAGGCUUUGGGAGGGCGUGACAGCUGGGGGAAGGUUGUCGUCAAGGUUCCCCAAGAGGGACAAAGCAAAAUAUAGGUAGUAUGAUUGUUCCCGUGUGAGUUAAGUACCAGUAGUUUGUAGUUUCACGUGAUGGCGCGACAUGCUUGCUCCACGGCCGCGGCGCGUUCGGAAA